AUUUUAUUUUACACUUGUAUACAUUUUUACAUUAAUUCAUUUCAAAUUUGAAUUUUACAUUUUUUCUGGUGGCGACACUUCGUAAUAAGUCACGUGAGAACUGUCAAUUGCUGCUACUAUAACCCCACUUUUUUAAGUCAACUUUUCCAAAUUAGUUAAGUGAUUUAAUCAAUAAAUUGUCUAUUCUCGACCAUUUCGACGCCACAUAACUCAUCAAGAUUUCACCCCCUAUCAAAAAAGUCAAACUAACCGAGAUGCCACAAAAAAUCAAGAUCGGCAUAAUCGGCGGUUCUGGCCUUGACAAUCCCGACAUUUUAAAAAAUGCUAGUACCAAAUCGGUCGAUACACCCUACGGCAAACCUUCCGACGUGAUAACUUUGGGCCAAAUCGAGGGGGUAGAUUGCGUACUUUUGGCUCGGCAUGGCCGCAACCACGGCAUAAUGCCAGGAAAUGUAAACUAUAGGGCUAACAUUUGGGCCCUAAAAAAUGAAGGCUGCACACAUGUCAUCGCUGCCACUGCCACCGGCUCGUUACAAGAACACAUCAAGCCGGGGGAUUUGGUGAUUUUGAACAAUUUCAUAGACAGGACACAGGGUCGAAAACAAACUUUUUAUGAUGGGGAGAAAAACCAUCCUUUGGGAAUUUGCCACUUACCGAUGGAGCCGGCAUUUUGUGAAAGAACAAGACAGUUGAUUAUACAAACAGCGGAACAAUUGAACUUUUCCGUCCAUAAAACCGGGACUGUGGUCACUAUCGAGGGGCCCAGGUUUUCCAGUAAGGCUGAAAGUAAAAUGUUCAGACAAUGGGGCGGGGAUAUUAUCAAUAUGACCUCAGUCCCAGAGAUUGUUCUAGCUAAAGAGGCAGGCUUGUGUUAUGCUUUAGUUGCCUUAGUUACUGAUUACGAUUGUUGGAAAGACAACAAAGAUGAACACGUGACUGUUGUUGAUGUUCUUGCUACUUUUAAGAAAAAUGUGACUAAAGUUACUAAAGUAAUCAUGGGUGUGGUUCCUGCCAUUGCCAAAGAAGACUGGAGUAAAACUAUUGACGAGCUUCAGGAGUUGGUUCAAAAUAGUAUUAUGAAAUAGAAACCUGCUUUUUUAAAUCUUUCAAAACACAUAUAGCUGAAUUGUUGAUGUAGUUGGUUUAGUUUGAAAAAAAGUCCAAAGUUGAAUCUGUCAUAAUAUAUAAGCAAUCUAUAUUUUUUUAUUAUUGUUACACUUUAGAAUCAAUUACUUUACUAUUGUCACUAUACAGGGAGUUUCAAAACUCGGGCUUCUGAGAAAAUUGCCAAGUGCUGAUGACAAUAAGACCAAAAAAUACAAACGACGAAUUUACUUUUGCUUGCAUAAGAAAGUUGCGAUAUUAAAAUUCACUAAUCCCAGAGGGGCAGCUCGAAGUGUUACUACCAAAUAUGUAUUAUCGGUUACUACGAUUCAAAAAUAAUAACAAUCUGUCUAUAUUUCAAACUUAGCAAUCGGCGUUAUUUUGUAAUAAUAAAAACAGCUCUUCUGGGAUUAAUGGAUUUAAAAGUCUCGCAACUUUGUUAUGUAAGCAAAAUUAAAGUCUGCGUUUGAAUUUUUUGGUAACUUAUUGUCGCCGGCACUUGAGAUUUUACUCUGGGGCGCGAGUUUUAAAAAAAAUUACAUAAUAUUGAAAUAAAAAAGUUGAGUAUUUUCUUCCAUCGGUCCAGUGGUUAUUGCGUAUAUUUUUGUUUAUAAAAAAACAACCAGUGUGAUGAAGGAUAUAUUUCUAGGAAAUUUUUACACAGUUUUUGUACAAUGUCAAAAAAUUUUACACGUCCAUUACCUAACCCUUUGGUGAAACACAGUAAUUUAAUUUUUUAUCAAAUUACUCUAUUUCAUGACAUUAUUUACUAUCGCCUAUUCAUAAAUUAUGUGCAAAUCUUAAACCUGUAACGGUGGAAUAUAUCGUAACAAAUAAAUAAAAAUAUAUUAAAAUGCUU